AGUAUUUUCGACAAAAAUAAAAUUCAAUUUCGACAUAAUAAUCUAAAUUAUUAAUUUAAAAAUGCCACCAAAAAAGAAACAAAAAAAAAUCAAGAAAGAAAAGCAUGGAAAUAUACAAGCUGAAGAUAAUAUGCCAAUUGUCUGUGGUUUCCGAGGUCCAGGACCUGUGUACAAACUAAAACCAGUUGUAGGAUAUGACGAUCAUUGUCACUCGAAACUAAGAAAUCCUGCUUACACAAUAUUGGGUAAACGUCCUGCCUUUGAAUUAGCACAAGAUGGACCAGGUCCAAUAUACUUGCCAAAAUUUCCACCAACUGAUGGAUUUUCUUUUGGAGUACCACUACCACCAAUUAAAUACGAGAGUUCACCGGGUCCUUAUACACUACCAACACCAAAAAUAACACCAAUUACAAUGAAGUGGAGAACAAAACCUCGUGGUGUUACUGCAUCAGCAGGACCAUACGAUCUUCCAAGAACAUUAAAUGGACCAAAAUUUACAAUAGGUGUACGACUGCGAGAUUCUACACUAGAAGGUGGUCCAGGACCAGGUCCAGCACCACAAGCACCAAAAGGACCUGCAUUUAGCAUUGGUCACAGACCACCUGGUUCAAGAUAUCAAGCAAAUCCUGGACCUUAUGAUCCAGUUGAUCUAAAUAAAGGACCUGCAUUUACAUUUGGUAGACGUUAUCCACCUUGCGUUGCUCCACUCAUAACUGAAUGUGAUAAAUCCUGCUAAUCAACACACUAAUUUCCAUUAAAAACAAACAAAAAAAAAAAAAAGGCUAUUAUAAUUUUAUCGCUACAACAUUAUCAGUUGAAGCUGAGUUUAAUGUCUUUUUUAUUUAAAAUAAUUUAUGGGUUUUUUUUUAUAUUCUUUAUCACUAUAUAAAUAUCUAUUUAAUACUACAUUUAAGAAAUAUAUAAAGCGAUGUUAUUUUAAAACAAAAUCAUUUCAGUUAUAAAAAAAAAUUUAGAAUAUUA